AUGCCAAAGCCCGAGGCUCACCGGGCAGGCAAGCAGCGAGGCGGCCGAGGCGCCUGGCGUCGUCGCCACCGCGGCAUGGCUGCAAAGGAGGUCGGCGCCGAGGGCGGCAGCGUGGUGCCGAAUGCGAGCUGGUGGAGUGACGAGCAGGUCAUGCUCCCGGGCGGCCUCAUGUGCCCAAAGCCGCCUCCGUACGCCGCCGCCAAGCCGCAGCUUCCGACCGGCCUCGCGAGCGCCGAGACGCCACGCCUCACCGCGGAGCUCGCCAAGAAGCACGCGUCAAAGGACAAUCUCCUGAUCGCCACUUAUGUGAACUUCAACCGGCUCGACUUUGCGCUGACGCUGGUGAUGCACCUGCUGGCGAUGGGCAACCCGCACUAUCUUGUCGGCGCCAUGGACGACCAGGUUGGCCACGCGCUCGCCUCUCGCGGCGUCAACACCUUUUUCAUGUCGACGGGGCUAACGACGAGGGACACGGGCUGGGGCACGCCCGCCUUCCGGCAGCUGGGGCUGCACAAGGCGAACCUCGUGCUCGAGCUCGCACGCACGGGCGUCGACUGCCUCACCGUCGACGCCGACGCGCUCCUGCUCCGCGACCCCUUCCCGUACCUGCGCGCGCUGCCCGACGCAGACGUGCUCACCUCCUCGGACUACCUCGUCGCGACCAACGGCUACGCAGACGAGGGCCUCGAGGGACGAAGCGCCUUCGGUGCCGCCUUCAACAUCGGUUACAUCUUUGUGCGCGCCACGGCCGUCGAGUUUGUCAAGCGCUGGUCCAAGGCGUGCCACCGCGACCCAAACGCGUGGGACCAAAACCUGUUCAAGUCGAUCCUCCACUCGGGCGGGCGCCGGGGGCGGUCAUCCGCGCCAACGGCCGCCAAGCCCGGCAACCCGCGGCUGCAGCCCAUGUUCACCACCUCGGAGGGGAGGCAGCUGAUGGUCGGCGUGCUGCCCGUCUCGCUCUUCGCCUCUGGCCACACCCACUUUGUCAGCCGGAUGGCGCACCUGAUGCAUACCACGCCCUACAUGGUGCACACCACCUUCCAGUACGGCGGCGCGCAGGGCAAGCGCCACCGGCUGCGCGAAGGCGGGCGUGGGUGGGUGGGCAUGAUGUGGGAGGACGGGCCGGAGUACUACGCAAAGCCGCAGUUCCUCGCGUACGAGCUCGACCUGCCGUACUCCCUCGUCUACCCGAACGGAGGCAAGCCCGGCUCCGACGGCACCGUCCCCUUUGGCCAGCGCACCACCGUCGAGCAGCACUUCGCGCUCGUCCACCACCAGCUGCGCCAGCUGCGCAACGCGCUCGCGCUCGCGCAGGCGACCGGCCGCGUGCUCAUCCUGCCGCGGCUCGUGUGCGGCCUCGACCGCGCGUGGAUGCCGCACAGCGGCAUCUUCCCCGGCUCGGCGGCGCGGCUGCCCCUCCUCGACUGCCCCGCCGACCACGUCAUCGACCUGGAGCGGAUCGGCAGGCCCGAGGAGCUGCUGCGCGAGCAUUCCUUCCUCUGCAACCCGCGCACGCCCGCGUCGGUGGUCCGCCUGGCGGCGGUGCCGGACUACCGCGCGCUGCUCACCACGUCCCGCGAGGCGCUCGACUUUGAGCGGCGGCACGCGUCGUGGGGGAGCCUCUGGUGCUGCAACCGGCCGCCAAACGGCCGCGGGCCGGGGCACAUCUGGUACGACCUUUUCGCCGACGUCGUGCCGCACACGGACCGGCACAACCGCAGGUGGGAGGGGCCGUGGGUGCCAAAGAUGGGGCCGUGA